AUGAAGCAAAUGUCGCAUCUCGAUGACUCUCCUUCCACGCCGGGCAAGUUCAAGAUGGAUAAAUCCCCCUACUUCCACCGCACCCGGUGGCAAUCCUCCGUCGCCAAGCUCGCCUUCUGGUCCCUCGUCUUCGUCGGCUUGAUCUUCAUCUUCUUCUACCGAUCUCCCUCCUCCAAUCCCGUCUCCUCCGAUCCCUCUCGCCGCUCCCUCCGCACCUACUCCUGGGGAGGACCCGCUUGGGAGAAACGGGUCAGAUCCUCCGCCCGUGUCCGUACCCGCCACGGCAUCUCCGUCCUCGUCACCGGUGCCGCCGGUUUCGUCGGCACCCACGUCUCCGCCGCCCUCAAAAGACGCGGCGACGGCGUUCUGGGCCUGGACAACUUCAACGAUUACUACGAUCCCUCGCUCAAGAGAGCAAGGCAAGCCCUUCUCGAGCGAAGCGGCGUGUUCGUGGUCGAAGGAGACAUCAACGACGCCGCUCUCCUCAGGAAGCUCUUUGAGGUCGUCCCUUUCACCCACGUUAUGCAUUUGGCCGCUCAGGCCGGCGUCAGGUACGCCAUGGAAAACCCAAGCUCCUACGUCCACAGCAACAUCGCUGGCUUCGUCAAUCUCCUCGAGGUUUGCAAAUCGGCCAAUCCUCAACCCGCCAUCGUCUGGGCUUCCUCCAGCUCCGUCUACGGUUUGAACACCAAAGUCCCCUUCUCGGAGAAAGACAGAACGGACCAGCCGGCUAGUCUCUAUGCUGCCACUAAGAAAGCCGGAGAAGAGAUUGCUCACACUUACAACCACAUCUACGGCCUCUCCCUCACCGGUCUGCGGUUUUUCACGGUGUACGGUCCUUGGGGAAGACCAGACAUGGCCUACUUCUUCUUCACCAGAGACAUCCUCAAAGGGAAAACCAUUUCAAUCUUUGAGGGCGCAAACCACGGGACGGUGGCUAGGGACUUCACCUACAUCGAUGACAUUGUCAAGGGCUGUUUGGGGGCUUUGGACACGGCCGAGAAGAGCACAGGGAGUGGUGGUAAGAAGCGCGGUGCCGCCCAGUUACGGGUUUUCAAUCUGGGCAACACCUCGCCGGUUCCCGUGACUGAUCUCGUCACCAUCCUCGAGAGACUUCUCAAGCUGAAGGCCAAGAGGAACAUUAUGAAGCUACCCAGGAACGGCGACGUGCAGUUCACUCAUGCCAACAUCAGUUCCGCGCAGAGAGAGCUCGGUUACAAACCCACCACCGAUCUCCAGACGGGCCUUAAGAAGUUUGCCAGAUGGUAUUUGGGUUACUACAAUGGCGGCAAGAAAGCUGCAAGCUGA